AGAGCCUACUUUCCUUUACUUGUCUCUCUAUUUCGGUCCAUCCAUAAUACUAUCACGUCUCUCAAGAUUUUUUUUUUUCACUUCCCCAGUUUAAGUCCCUUCUUGUUCUUCCAUUAAUUACUAUAUUUGCUUCUUCAUUUUAUAGAACAAGAGGGACACAGAGGGGAAAUUAAUUUCUUAUCUCAUCCAUUCUAUUUUAUAGAAACAAGUUGGACCCAUGCUUAACAAGGACAGAAUAAUUCAGCACAUGCCUAGAGCUUAAAAAAAGGUGAUUUCUUGAAGUGGGGUUUCAUGGGGUGAACUCAAAGGGUAUAAUGGGUAGCAGUAUCAGUGAUGAUGAAGAAAGUUUAUUUUUUGAUGCUUCUGAGAAUAUCGAUAAUUGUGUGACUAGUAGCUACCAGUAUGAUGUGUGGACUAGAAGUCCUAGCAGUGUUAGAGAGCGCCGUAAGGAAUUCUUUAGUUGGAUGGGGUUACAUGUAAAUGCUGGAGAAGAUUCACUAGAUGUAUAUGGAAGUUCUGAUGCUAGUUGUGAAAUCGAACGGAUUACGGAGAGUAGCGAGGCUGUGGUGCGAACCUCAAUUCUUGAAGACGCUUUUCCUCUACCUAGUUUGUCUGAAGGUGUUUUGGGUUCAUAUAAAGAGUUGGAUUCAAAUGAAACAUUUGUGUGUCGGAAUAGUAAUCUAGAUAGUGAAAGUGAUUGCAAUGUACAUGACCAAGCCGAGAAUAAUCACAGAACUAUGAAAUUGGAACGGCAACUGAUGACUCAGCAACUUGGACAACGAGAAUUUGAGGUCAAUGGAGAUGAUGGGAGGAAAUUUAAUGUAGUGAAGAGGCGUUUAUUAAGUAGAUUGCGAACACUAACGUGCAUUGUAAAUGGCAGAGGGAGAAGUAACAAUUUGAAGGCCGACAGCUCCAGCUCUGUCCAAAAGUCUAGGGUUCAGAGGGCUAAGGUUCACCAUCGCAAGAAGCGAUUAAAAGAACUGUCUGCCCUUUUUAUAGGACAAGAUGUCCAGGCUCAUGAAGGUUCUAUCUUAACUAUGAAAUUCAGCCUUGAUGGACAAUACCUAGCCAGUGCUGGUGAAGAUAAGAUUGUGCGUGUAUGGAAAGUGGUGGAAGAUGAGAGAUCCAAUGAAAUUGAUAUUCACGACUUAGAUCCGUCUUCCAUGUACUUCACGGUGAACCAUCUUUCGCAACUGGAUCCUUUGGUGACAGAAAAAGAGAGAAUCAAUAAAUUGAGGGGUCUAAAGAAAACAAAAGAGUCUUCCUGUGUCAUUUUCCCGCCUAAGGUCUUUCGAAUUUUGGAAGAACCGCUGCAUGUUUUCCAAGGACAUAGUGGGGAUAUAUUGGAUGUUUCGUGGUCAAAGAACAAUUGUUUGCUUUCAUCAUCAACUGACAAAACUGUUCGUCUAUGGCAAGUUGGAUGUGAUAAAUGCCUCAAAGUUUUUUCACACAGUAAUUAUGUGACGUGCAUACAAUUUAACCCAGUAAAUGAUGAUUACUUCAUCAGUGGUUCAAUAGAUGGAAAAGUUCGCAUUUGGUCAAUUAGCAGCGGUCAAGUUGUGAGUUGGACGGACAUAAUAGACAUUGUGACUGCUAUUUCCUAUCGUCCUGACGGGAAGGGUGGGAUUAUUGGUUCUAUAGCAGGCACGUGUUGCUUUUUUAGUUUAAUAGAUCAUGAGAUUCAACUGGAGGAGCAGAUUUGUUUGGGCAGUAAGAAGAAGUCCCUUUGCAAAAGAAUUACUGGCUUUCAGUAUCUACCACAAGACCCAAGUAAAGUAAUUGUUACUUGUGCUGACUCCCUAGUAAGAAUCCUUAGUGGGAUCAAUGUGAUUGGAAAAUUCAAAGGCCUAAGAAAUGCAGGAAGCCAUCUCUCUGCUGCUUUCUCCUCAGAUGGGAAGCAUAUCAUCUCUGCAUCUGAAGAUUCUAAUGUCUAUCUAUGGAACUCUCACAUUCCAGAAGAUUCUUCUGUGUCCCAACCUGAAGCAGUGAGAUCAUUUGAGUUCUUCUAUAGUGGUGCAUCCAUUGCAAUACCUUGGUCUGGCCUGAAAAAUGUCAACCACGACAAUCAGUAUCACUCACAAGGACUAAGUCAAAGCUCAAACAAUUUCCCGUUCCGGCCUUCUUCUCCUUUCUCUUUAGGACAAGGGUUGUCUUUAGAGGCAAUUCCUAAGGGAUCUGCGACCUGGCCUGAAGAGAAGCUUCCACUGUCAAGUCCUUGGUCUGUGCCUAAAGUGAUGCGUAAAUCUCAAUACAAGUUUCUCAAAAGUUCUUGUCAGAGUUCAUCCACUUCUCAUGCGUGGGGUUUAGUUAUUGUUACUGCAGGCUAUGAUGGGCGAAUAAGGUCAUAUCAUAAUUAUGGACUGCCUUCGCCACUUUGACAAGUAUAUCUUCAGUGUUUCCAAGGAAGUGGAAGUGAUCUCCUCUUUUGGCACCUCCUACUUGACAGAGUUCACUAUUGCAAUGAGAGCUCCAUAUGAGAUAUGAUGUUUGACCGGCCCCUUUAGGUAUUUACAAGUCAUAUCAGAGUUUGCUUGGAUAUACCUGAUCUUGCCACUAGUUUGGCACCUAAUUUUAAUUUAUUAGCACCAUUCAUCCACCAACCCUGGAAGGAAAUGAAUAUUUUACAAGAGGUCAAACCUAAUAUGCUUAUCCAUAUGAGGUGCCUGCGGGGCCUUACAUAAUUCUCUUUCUUUGGUUAUCUAAAUGAGACCAGGGAAGGAGCUAGUGGCUGUAAUUUGCUCCAAGGAGAAAUGGUGGGGAACUUCAUCUUUUAUGCAUGCUGGCUGUUCUGAAAUAAUUGAAGUGUUGUCUGCCAUACAGUCAGGCCAUUGAAGAUAGGAGUAACCACACGUUGAUUGUGAAGGUGCGGGCCACUUCCUGCUGAAUUGGAGUGUCAUAGCAGCUGAACGUGCAUGAGAUCUCAGUGCUAAUGUCACUUGCUAAUAAAGUAAGAAGGCUUUGGGGCUGGUGCUCUGCUCUACCCCUGCUUGGAACAGCAGGUUUUUUCUGGUAAAAAGGGAGGUUCAUUAUAGAGGCUGCUGGUAACACGGUUUUUUUUGGUGCAUGGUUCUAAACUCAGUGGAUCAUGCGUUCCCUCCUCUACCCUUCUCCACUUAAAUACUAAGUUUUUGUCUACGCCGGGGUUCAAACUUGUGACGUACGCUGCGCUCUUACCACUAGAUCAAAGACCGGGGGCGAGGCUGUUGUAACAUAGUUACACUAACAUAGAUGGCAUUUUCAAAGUUAAAGCUCCAAAUUGUAUUUAGUAGCAUCACAAUGUUGGUACAACACACAACAACAAAUGUGACUUCAUUGAUUAGUUCUUCUGUACAGAAAUCAGUAGUUAUUAGUGUAUAUGUCAUGUAUAUGCAUAGAGCUGAGCGCUCUUCUUGCAAAAUUGUUAAUAGCAGCUGAACCUUGUUUUGAGGUUCAACGAUUUUGCUUCCAAGUAUCAUCAUUGUAGUCUUUGAAUUAUGAGAUAUUGAUUAAUUCAUUGGUGAAUUCUGGUGACAA